ACCACCUUGCCAUGCACCACUCAACAACAUCUCUGCUCCAAACCAAAGCGUAUGCUUGGUCUCGGGUUGCAUCUAGGAAGGCCGCAGCUUAAGGUGCGCCCCUCUCUGCUGGAUCUGAUCUCGCACGGCGCCGUUGUCGAGAAGGUCGCAGUCGAUCCCGCUCUAGGUCCUGUUCCAGCGUCGAGGUUGAGCUUACCGUCUCCACCUGACCUACACCUGCCACCGCUGCCCGCAACACCUCCCAGCAGCACCUCCUCCUCCGCCUCUCCCAUCGUCCCAGCAAACAGCACCCCCUCUGGUCUUCACAUCGCUUGCACACCCUCGACUACCCCGCCGUCGCCGUCUCCAGCUCCCGCCAUGGCCUCUUCAGCCAAGAAGCAGACGCGCGAAGACCAGGAUGGCCAAGUCUUCUCCAUUUCCGGUCCCGUCAUCGUGGCCGAGCAUAUGAUCGGAUGUGCCAUGUACGAGCUGUGCCUCGUCGGCCGCGAUAGACUGGUCGGCGAAGUGAUUCGCAUCGACGCAGGCAAGGCAACGAUCCAAGUCUACGAAGAGACGGCCGGUGUCACGGUCGGAGACCCCGUCGUACGGACGGGCCUGCCUUUGUCCGUAGAGCUCGGUCCUGGCUUGAUGGAAACGAUUUAUGAUGGUAUUCAACGACCGCUCAAAGCCAUCGCAGAGACUUCCGAAAGUAUUUACAUUCCUCGUGGCAUUGCAGUGCCAGCUCUGGACCGGGAGAAGAAAUGGGACUUCAAGCCUACUAAGAAGGUUGGAGAUAUGAUUACCGGAGGCGAUAUUUGGGGUAUUGUACAUGAAAACAGCUUGUUAAAUGAACAUAAAAUCCUGCUUCCUCCUCGCGCCCGGGGCACCAUCACGAAAAUAGCCGAUGCCGGAAGCUACACAGUCGAUGAGAAGAUCUUAGAGAUUGAAUUUGAUGGGAAGAAGACCGAACAUGGCAUGAUGCACACCUGGCCCGUCCGUGUUCCCCGGCCCGUGAACGAAAAGCUGGCAUCCGACUCUCCCUUCAUUGUCGGCCAGAGAGUGCUGGACUCUCUAUUCCCCAGUGUUCAAGGCGGAACUGUCUGUAUCCCUGGUGCUUUCGGUUGUGGCAAGACUGUCAUCUCGCAGUCCGUGUCCAAGUUCUCAAACAGUGACAUUAUCGUCUACGUUGGGUGCGGUGAGCGCGGCAACGAGAUGGCAGAAGUCUUGAUGGAUUUCCCAGAGCUUUCUAUUGAGAUUGACGGUCGCAAAGAACCAAUCAUGAAGCGUACAUGCCUUAUUGCCAACACUUCCAAUAUGCCUGUGGCCGCUCGGGAAGCUUCUAUUUACACCGGUAUCACCGUCGCCGAAUACUUCCGUGAUCAAGGAAAAAACGUUGCCAUGAUGGCAGACUCAAGUUCUCGUUGGGCUGAAGCCCUGCGUGAAAUUUCCGGUCGUCUUGGAGAAAUGCCAGCAGAUCAGGGUUUCCCUGCGUAUCUGGGAUCCAAGCUUGCGUCCUUCUACGAACGUGCAGGAAAGAGCGUUGCUUUGGGUAGCCCUGAACGACACGGAAGUGUCAGUAUCGUGGGUGCCGUGAGUCCUCCGGGUGGCGAUUUCUCCGAUCCAGUCACCAGCAGUACUCUCGGUAUCGUGCAAGUCUUCUGGGGUCUUGACAAGAAGCUAGCCCAACGUAAACACUUUCCUUCUGUUAAUACCUCAGCUUCCUACAGCAAAUACACGACUAUUUUGGAUAAGUACUACGAAAAGGAGCACCCUGAUUUCCCCCGGCUCCGAGAUCAAAUCAGAGAGCUCCUCUCCAAUUCCGAAGACCUUGACCAGGUCGUCCAAUUGGUCGGAAAGUCGGCAUUGGGCGACUCUGAUAAGAUCACUUUGGACGUGGCUGUGCUGCUCAAGGAUGACUUCCUGCAGCAGAACGGUUACAGUGACUACGAUCAGUUCUGUCCUUUGUGGAAGACUCAAUACAUGAUGAAGGCAUUUAUGGGAUAUCAUGACGAGGCGCAAAAGGCCGUUGCGCAAGGCCAGAGUUGGGCCAAGAUCCGAGAGUCGACAGCAGAUAUCCAGGCUGCUCUACGAAGCAUGAAGUUUGAGGUUCCAGAUGACGAAAAGGCCGUCACAGCCAAGUACGAGAAGCUGCUACAAGACAUGUCAGAGCGCUUUGCGUCUGUGUCUGACGAGAUCAACGUCAACGACCCAGGGCUAAUCUCCCUCGUGAACAGGCUCCAAGAUGUUUUUUCCACAGUAGGAGUCCAAAAUCCUAUCGACUUGCCCCAGAUCGCCGUCGUCGGUUCCCAGUCGAGUGGAAAGAGUUCGGUGCUGGAAAAUAUUGUUGGACGAGACUUUCUACCCCGAGGCUCUGGCAUCGUCACUCGUCGCCCCCUGAUUCUCCAACUGAUCAACAAGCCGCCGGCCAAGCCCCAGACGAAUGGAACGUCAGAGACAAAGUCAUUAGAGGGAACUACUGACACCGCCGCGAAUGUUGAUGAAUACGGCGAGUUCCUGCAUAUCCCCGGCCAGAAGUUCUACGACUUCAACAAGAUCCGAGAAGAGAUCGUUCGCGAAACAGAGAGCAAAGUUGGCCGCAAUGCCGGCAUCUCUCCCGUCCCUAUAAACCUGCGCAUCUACUCUCCAAAUGUCCUCACACUGACCCUCGUCGACUUGCCUGGGUUGACUAAGGUGCCGGUCGGCGAUCAACCGAAGGAUAUCGAGAAGCAAAUCCGGGACAUGGUCUUGAAGUACAUCAGCAAGCCAAAUGCCAUUGUUCUCGCAGUCACGGCGGCCAAUCAGGAUUUGGCCAAUUCCGAUGGUCUGCAAUUAGCUCGUGAAGUCGACCCGGAGGGUCAGCGCACCAUUGGUGUCUUGACAAAGGUGGAUUUGAUGGACGAGGGUACCGAUGUUGUGGAUAUUCUUGCGGGCAGGAUCAUUCCGCUGCGAUUAGGCUAUGUUCCAGUGGUCAACCGAGGUCAACGAGAUAUCGAAAACAAGCGGCCCAUUUCAUAUGCUUUGGAGCACGAGAAGACCUUUUUCGAAAGCCACAAGGCAUACCGCAAUAAAGCAUCUUACUGCGGCACACCUUACUUGGCUAGGAAGCUUAACUUGAUCCUCAUGAUGCACAUUAAACAAACCCUUCCCGACAUUAAAGCCAGAAUUGCAUCUUCCCUCCAAAAAUACAGCUCCGAACUGUCCCAACUCGGCGACUCGAUGUUAGGUAACAGCAGCAACAUAAUCUUGAAUAUCAUCACUGAGUUCAGCAACGAAUACCGAACUGUGUUGGAGGGUAAUAAUAAUGAGCUUUCCAGCAUUGAGUUGUCCGGAGGUGCUCGUAUCAGUUUUGUGUUCCAUGAACUUUACUCCAACGGCGUCAAGGCUGUCGAUCCGUUCGACCAAGUCAAGGACAUUGAUAUUCGCACGCUCUUAUACAACUCGUCUGGUCCGUCUCCCGCACUUUUUGUCGGCACCACUGCUUUCGAGGUCAUCGUCAAGCAACAGAUUAAGCGGCUAGAGGAUCCCUCGCUCAAGUGUGUUUCUCUUGUCUAUGACGAGCUUGUUCGUAUUCUAGGUCAACUUCUCAACAAGAGCUUGUUCCGUCGGUAUCCAAUGCUCAAGGAAAAGUUCCACAAUGUUGUGAUUCUGUUUUUCAAGAAGGCGAUGGAGCCCUGCAACAAAUUAGUGAAGGAUAUGGUGAACAUGGAAGCUUGCUACAUCAACACUGCCAACCCUGACUUCUUGAAUGGUCAUCGUGCCAUGGCUAUUGUUAAUGAGCGCCAGAGUGCUAGCAAGCCUACUCAGGUUGACCCCAAGACCGGAAAGCCCCUUCCCCAACGUGCUACUAGCCCUUCGCUAGACCCCAUGGCAGAACCAUCUAAGGACAGUGGAUUCUUUGGCAGUUUCUUUGCGUCGAAGAACAAGAAAAAGAUGGCCGCUAUGGAAGCUCCGCCACCAACACUGAAGGCCUCGGGUACAUUAAACGAGCGAGAGAACAUUGAAGUCGAAGUUAUCAAAAUGUUGAUCAACUCAUACUUUAGCAUUGUGAGGCGGAAUCUGAUCGACAUGGUUCCCAAGGCUAUCAUGUACACACUUGUUCAAUUCUCCAAGGAUGAAAUGCAACGUGAGUUGCUCGAAAUGAUGUACCGCAACACGGAGCUAGACGAACUACUUAAAGAGAGCGAGUACACGAUCCGCCGCCGAAAGGAAUGCCAACAAAUGGUGGAGAGCUUAACACGAGCCAACGAGAUUGUCAGCCAAGUUCAGUAGACUUAGACACGAUAUCCUUUCCUUUUCUUUACGUGUUUGUGGUUUCGAUUUAUUUGGCGACGUUGGAAACUGGUGUCAGGCAACUCUUUUCGGCUUACGCUGCUGGUACUCCUUUUUGCUAUUCUUAAAGAAUGCUUAACUGAUGAUACAUGGCGUGUGUAUCAUUUAUAUCGUCUAUAAAAUAUACGAUGAUAUGUCUUUUUUAUUAUGCCCCCAGACACGUACUUGUCGAGCACUUACUUGUUACUUGUUGAUUUGAGCGCAAUAAUGAACAAAUGCUGUUAAAUAC